AUGUCCUCGCUACGGACUUUAAGCGCCAUCCUCUACCUCGCCGUCUUCGCGGCUGGAACAAACCCCUCUUUCAACCUCGCCGAGGGCCUCGUCGACGGACAAGCUGGCAACGACGCAUGCCGCGAUGCCUUCAGCACCGACGUCGCGUGCGGGCCAGAACUGAACAAGCUCAUAAAACCCCGCUCCAUGUACCGUGAGGGAAGCCGUCUCCCCACCGAUGACGACCUGGACCCCUUCUGCACCGACUCAUGUUAUGUGAGCCUACUCGAGUAUCGGCAGUCCGUGAAGAGCAACUGCGGGGAUGCAGUGUACAAGGGGCCUGGCGCCGGACGGCCCUGGAAGCCUUAUCAUCGCGCCGAGUUGGCUCUCUUUGCGUACAAACGCAGAUGUCUCAAGAACCCUGAUGGCCAAUACUGCAACGUCUUGGGGGAGAAGGGCCUCCCCCGCGUCUUGACCGACCUGCGAUGCGACGGGUGCUGGUCUAGGAUGCUUCAUCUCGAGGCUACAUGCCCCCUCAACCCAAGAGCCUCAGAAAGGGCUACUCAACUUUACGCUUUUCAACGUUCAUACUGCCCACCCGAAGGAAAUUCGUUUAGAGUGACGGAUUGCUGGCGCGGAGGAGGAGACUGCACAUGCAAGCAUCUCAUCCACGUCAAACCAGAAGACACCUGGCUGAGCCUGUCCCUGGAGCACGGCGUCACGACGCGCGACCUGAGCAGUAACAACGGCCUCGACUUUGUCCCCGGGAACCUCCACCGCUUCGGCCUGCUCUGCAUCCCCAGCCCAUGCCGCCUCCACGCCAUCGAGAUGGGUGACACGUGCGAGUCGAUCGCCGCCGCCGCGGGCGUUGAGAGGGGCGAGCUGGUGGACUGGAACCCUUAUAUAGAGUCUAGGUGUGACAAUCUCUCUUUCAGGGCUGGGGAGACGAUUUGUGUGUCGGAGCGGUAUGUUGAGGGUAGGUCUGAUGAGGAGGCGAGGAGGAAGAAGGGUGCUCAUGGUGACUCUCCAUUUGAUGUCGACCCAGAUCAGGAUGUCUUGGUGCCGGAUGACCUGUGA